AUGUUCUGCAUGCCUUGGUUCCUGACGCUCUUCGCGAGCAAGUCCCCGCUCAAGGUGACGUUGCAGCUGUGGGACCGCCACCUGGAGCGAGCUGAUCCCCCCUUUUUCAUCUUCCUCGCGGUGGGCCUGCUGGUCCACGUGGAGAAGGCCGUGCUGGCGUCGGAGGCCAGCGUCCUGCCGGAGGUGCUCACGUCGCUGGGCCUGAGCAGCCGAGAGGACCUGGAGACGGUCUGGGGCCUGGCCGAGGGCUUGCACAGCAGGACGCCCGCCAGCUUCGCCUCGCGCCUGCGGCGGCACGCGCUGCGGCCCCCGCGAGGCGGGGCGGCCGCCCGCGGGCCCCCGGCCGAGCCAAAGGCGGCCCCCGGGGCGGCCCGCGCGGGCGGCGGCCAGGAGGACCCCGACGACCACGAGGGGGCCGCCAACCGGCUCGAGAGGUUGGAGCGGGAGCGCUGCUUCUUCGUCCUGCCGGAGGAGGUCGUCGGCCACUGCUACCCGCCGAGUGCCAGCGAGGCCCGGCGCUCCUGGCAGCCCUCGCCGGCCUGCCCCUGGCGGAUGGUCGCACUGACCUGA